CCGAUUGGACCCGCUAUCACUCGUUUCACAAUGUUCCGUCUGGUUGUUUUGCUUGGUUGCGUGGCCGCGGCUCUGGCCGGAGCCCUCCCGAAGGAGUACACCGAUUGGGAAGGCUACAUCGUCGGAGGUUCGAACGCCGGCGAAGGCCAGUUCCCGUACCAGGUUUCGCUGCGUUCGGCUGCCGGAGCUCACUUCUGCGGUGGAUCGAUCGUCAACAACCAGUGGGCGUUGUCCGCGGCCCAUUGCACCGUUGGACGCACCACGGCCAACACCUUCGUCGUCGUCGGAGCCCUGCUGCUGAACGCCGGUGGCCAGAGCCAUCAGUCGAACUUGAUCGUGAACCACCCCGGAUACAGCUCGCUGUCGCUGGCCAACGAUAUCUCCGUGAUCCGCGUGGCCACUCCGUUCGUGUUCAACGCGAACGUGGCUCCGGUUGCCCUGGCCAGUGCCUUCCUCGAGAGUGGAGCCGGUGCUCAGGCUUCCGGCUGGGGUCAGACCUCGCACCCGGGAUCCCUGCCGAACCACCUGCAGUGGGUGAAUGUGGACAUCAUCACGCUGGCCGAGUGCCGCAGCCGUCACAGUGCCAUCAACGCCGCUCGCGUCCACGACAACACGAUCUGCUCGUCCAGCCCGACCGGCAUCGGCAUGUGCAUGGGAGAUUCCGGCGGUCCGCUGUCGCACAACGGUGUCCAGCAGGGUAUUGUGUCGUGGGGUAUUGCCUGCGCCCAGGGCUUCCCGGAUGUGUUUGCGCGUGUAUCUUCCCACCGGGACUGGAUCCUGUCGAACACCAACUGAGGGGUUUGCGGAGGGUAAAAUAGGUUAGCGGUCAAUAAAAUGCAAAAUGUUUUUGUUAAAA